UUAAAAUACACACAUGCUUUUGCUGUUUUUAAUAUUGCUUGACAGAACGCUUCCGUUUUUGCAGGAGUGUGAAUUUCUGCGAGUGACAGUAAAACUAGUUUAGUUAUGAACGCAGUGAAAAGUGCGUUGAAGCUGUGUAGAUUUUCCGACUCUUUUGGUGGGCAUUCGUUUUCGCCAGAAUUUACGAGGUCGAACGAGCGUUUAACACCCUCGCAACAACAAACUAUAGUUUAAUCAAGCGAAUAAAGCAGUUCUGACCUGCGAGCGAACAGCAUCUCAAUAUCCUGAUUUUCUCCUCAUCCGAGGCUGUACAUUUUAAAAGGAAUAACGCAAGGGUAUAACAUUAAACCCAAAAUAGCCGUAAAUAUUUAAAACAAAUUUACCAACCUUCGCAUUGGGAAAUACCACCAUUUGGUAUAUAAUCAAACUGAAAUACAUAAGAUUAGUGCGCGAAAAUAUUAACUUCAAAUCGAAAACUUCAAAAGCAGUGUCAUUAAAUAAAAAGUAAAAAGUAGUGGCCGUCAGAAAAGAGAUCGAAAACAUUUAAUCCAACAGUUACAAACUGUGGAAGUCUGUGAAAACUUGUGUGAAAAGGUGAAAUACAAAAAAUACUAACCCCGGUGCAGAGUGUAAAAUGCCUAAAACUUUUGUGCGCCUCAACGUACAAAAAUUGUAAAGACGCGAAAACGGGAAAGAUUAUAAUUUUUUGAUUUCCUGCAAUUUCCGUUGGGAAAUAUUAAAUCCUUAACAUAGUUUAAGAAACCGAAAUGCUGCCCAUGUCGAUGGCCACCGCCGAGUCCAAGCAGCUCCAGCGCGACUUAUCCAUUACCGUGUCGCCCACGAGUGGAGGAGCAACCACAACUACGAGCAAUGGAAUUGUUCCAGUCUCUGGCGGAAAUUCUAACCCAAAUAGCCUCCUCACACUCGCUCCUCCUCGAAAGGAGGAACUGCGCUUCGUGCCACUUGCAUCUAUGGCUGGAAACAAGACCUGCAAUAUUACCAUCAGCAAUGUACAGCCCAUGAAAUCCAAACUAACAACGGUGAACAUUGUGCCAAAUCCGUUGAAAAGCACUGCAGGAUCUACAACUGGCGGAGGAUCUGCAUCUUUAUUUCAGAUUGUGCCUUCGCCCACUAAUACUAACCCGCCACUGGUGGCUUAUUUGGCACCCAACGUUAAAACCAAGCUGCUCGGAGGAGGGGCGUCUAAUCCCCAGCCAGUGGUGAUACGUUCUGGGACACCAUUGAAUAAGAGUAGCCUUACGAUUCACAGUAAUGGUAUGGCGACCAUGACGCCCGUUCAAUCUGGAGGAUCGGGAGCUGAAGGAAACAGUGGAGCAGGAGGAGCACCCUUAACCCUACUGGGCAAAACAGAGCUUCCACAGAAAUUACAAACUGCACCUGGCCAGAUUCCCAGUACGGGUCCAACGCAAGUCUCCUUGCUCAAUCCCCUCAAGCCACGUGCACCACUCAUACUCAGCAAGGUGGCGGUGGACAAGCUGCGGCUAAAGUUCAAUCAGGUUAAGAACAAUCCAAAUUCCCUGGUUCUCAACAAUGCCAAUAAUGUGAAGAAGCUGGUAAACCUGCCGAACAGCAGUGGCGAGGAUACAAUGAGGACAUCCCAGAAUAACAACCACAUUAAUAACAACAAUAAUAAUAAUAAUAAUAAUAAUAAUGCUGGCAAACUAAAGGCGGUUAUUCCAGUUAAAGCCACGCCUGUCGUCACUGAUGAGCAACUUACCAACAACAAUAUGAGCCUGAUUAAGGGCAAACCACUAGCUGUUAAGGCAAUGCUCGUGCCCAGCCAGGAUAAGCCAACUAUGCCGGCAGCUAUACAAGUCGCAGAGGAUGUCCCCAAGCCCAAGACACAGUCCGCACCUAAACCCACUUCAAAGCCGCAUGAAAUUAUCCCAAAUGGGUUAGCUAAGGAGUCCAAGAAGCCUGUCCAGCUGCAGAAACCUGAGCGAAAGGAAACCCCUAAGGUGCAGCCAGUAGUGACAAAGGAAACCUCUCAGCCCAAAACGGCUGCGGCUAAGGAAUCAACCAAGUUAAAACGCUCCAAAUCCUUUGUGGGCACUCAACCUUCUUCUUUAGUGGCCAACAAUGAGCGGCGACACUCGGUUGCAAUUAUGGCUAAGGAGGUGGAUGUUAUAGAGCAGCCAAGUGCACCCAUUGAGACCAUCACCAUAGAAGAUGACGAUGAUAGCGAGCAAGAGGAGCCGGAGCCUGAGCAAAACGGAAUCAUAAUGCCCAUUCUCCCCGCAGGGAUAACUAUUUCCACUACGAGCAGAACAGCAGUUAAGCCAAAGCCCUUGAGAAAGAACUCCUCCGUGACGACAAUCUCCUCACGAGCUAGUAGAAGUUCGUCCAACAGCGAUGUGGAAGAGAUCUGUGCGCCGGGCAAGAAAAUCGAGGAUGAAUUGAAUUUACUGCCUGGCAUUAGCAUUAUCAGGGCGGAAACCCUACCGCUGUCUACGGAAGACUUCGAGCGUUCUCUCCGCUGCGAUGAGCAGAUACCUCAAACCCCGCCCAAGUCUUCGUCUUCCUCAGGCGGAUCUAACGGAUCAGACACGUCAUCACCGCCUAAAAUUACCAAUUCUAUGACACCACGUUCACCCUUAAAGAAUGGAAAGAAAUCUUAUGACCAUGAAGUGGACACACCUGGCAGUAGGGCAAAUUUCUUCAAGAAAACCAUGGUACAGAACCUGUCAAUGCUGAAAUGGCGUGGUCAGCAACCGGCAAAUUUGCAGAACUCUACGAUCCGGUUCGAGUUGAAUCAGUUCAACCUCCUGCAGAUAAAUGAGAGAUGCCAACCGCGCCAAGGUCCAGCGGCGUAUUUCGAGCGUGCCCUAUAUGAGCGUGCUGGCAGGAGGCCUACAAGCAGCAUUCAUCCACUGCUCUAUCUGUGCCAGCGUUGCAACUGCCACGGUCCCGCCUCUGACUUUCUGGCACCACAUUACUGUUCAGUGAGCUGUGUGCGUCGCGCCCAGAAGCGUCGCCUGCCGUCAAAUACACAAAAGGAUAGUAAGAUGAGCCGCACGCUACUGGAGCAAACGACUGCAACAGUGUCAGAUCCGCCAAAACAGCAAGGGAACUACAAAUCCCAAUCGAAGUCUCUGGCUGCCUUACAAGAACAGCUUCAGCAGCUUACAAAGGAGAAGUCGCGAAAACCAUUCCGCUGGAGUGAGUAUCUCAAGGCCAAGGGCAAGGAUGUGGCAGCGCCCAUCCAUCUAUUCCUCAACCCGUUUCCCAUCAGUCCAAAUUGUUUCGAACGCGGCAUGAAGCUGGAGGCCAUAGAUCCGGAAAACUGCUCACUGUUUUGUGUCUGCAGUAUAGUGGAGGUACGGGGUUAUCGGCUAAAACUUAGCUUCGAUGGCUACUCCUCCAUGUACGACUUUUGGGUGAAUGCCGACUCGCAAGACAUCUUUCCGCCCGGUUGGUGCGAUGAGACGGCAAGGGUUCUGCAGGCACCCAAGGACUAUAGCUCGGAGCGCUUCAGUUGGAGCCGCUAUCUGGUAAAAACGGGUGGCAAGGCGGCUCCACGAGUUCUCUUUGCGCAUUUGAAUAUGCAGUCGCAGGCGGGAGUUCGAAACGGAUUUGCAGUUGGUAUGCAUCUUGAGGCCGAGGAUCUAAAUGACACGGGGAAGAUCUGUGUGGCCACGGUGACGGAUAUUUUGGACGAACGUAUUCGAGUCCAUUUCGACGGCUGGGAUGACUGUUACGACCUAUGGGUGCAUGUCAGUUCACCGUACAUCCAUCCUUGCGGCUGGCACGAGGGUCGCCAGCAGUUAAUAGUUCCGCCGGACUACCAAAAGUCGGCGUUUAAUUGGGAUGACUACAUAUCAGAGGUUGGAGGAUUGGCUGCCUCGAAGGAGCUGUUCACACCACGCCAGCCCAUGGAAUACCAGGCGCGCAUGAAGCUAGAGGUGGUGGACCAACGUAAUCCCUGCCUAAUUCGCCCGGCCACAGUGGUUACGCGAAAAGGUUACCGCGUCCAACUCCACUUGGAUUGUUGGCCAACGGAGUACUUCUUCUGGCUGGAAGACGAUAGUCCAGAUCUACAUCCCAUCGGUUGGUGCGAGGCCACCUCGCACGAACUGGAAACUCCGCCUGGAUACCUGCAAACCAAAUCUAUGAUGCCAUGUGAUGUGGAGGGAUGCCGGGGCUACGGCAAUGCCAAGCGGUUUAAUCUCAAUGUGCAUGCCUUGCGAGAUUGCUGCCCGUAUGCACCCGAGAACUGGCGCCAAUGGCGCUCCAAAACGGUAAAACCACCACGAGUUGCGCCCGAGAAGAUUAGGCGUGGAUGGGCGAAGAAACCAAAGCGAGCAAGUGCCGAGGUCAAGGUAUCGGUUAAGGAUGAGACCCACGCAGAGGUUAAGCCCGAGUUAAAAGUGGAAGCCAAGCGAAAGACACCUCCACGUCAGGUAAAGGUUGUGAAAAAGAUAAAGGAGGAUGCAAGUCAGGUGCCGGAUGAACGUUCUCUGGCAAUAGCCAAUUCCUAUGUGAAGGACUACGGACCACAGUUCCUGCAAAACUAUCGCCUUUGGCAGCAAAACAGCGCGUUCGAUUUGGACCAGGUGCAGACCAACCCACUGCACUGGACAAACUGGGAUGUGUACAACUACAUAGAACGAGAACUUGACUCCGCGGACAUUGCCAGAACGAUUUUCGACCAAGACAUUGAUGGCAGAGCGCUGCUGAUGUUAGGACGUCAAGAGUUAGACAAGUACCUGAAGCUCAAGGUGGGCCCAGCCGUAAAGCUCUACUCCCUGAUUGUUAACCUGCGCAUUGCGGUGGUCUGUAAGUUUGAGACCAAUACCACUGGACUGACAAUCAAUUUCGAUGAUCCCAUUCAGUGGGGGAAAGAGAAGGCAUCGACAUCUCCUGCCAAGAAGCAGGAGCAGCCCCAGAGUAACGGCUACAAGAUGGACCAUGAUGAGGAGCUCUACCAGAGCGGAAACGAUGAGGAAGCGGUGCUGGACUGCGAAGACUUCCUUAGUGUUAAGCCAAGCAGUCUUGUGAUUGACGAGGACGCCGAUGGCGAUGUGGUGAUGGUACCAUUGGAAGUGCGCAUGCCCAUGAGCACGGCCUCCUAGGACUCCAGACAACCCGCUUUCGUUGAUUGAUUUAUAAGAUUAUUUUGUUGCACCGGCCUCAGCCCUUUUGGGUAUUAAUAUUAUAAAUAAUAGUAUUUAUUAUAUAAGGCCAUCCGAUUUUGAUUAUGUUUGUUUUACCUAGUAUCCAAUAAAUGAUCCCCUAGAUAUGUA